GUGAAUCCCCAAUCUGAGCAGUUCAGGAUCCCUUCAUGACUGACUGCAGAGCUGAUUGAGGUGCUGGACAGACCGUUGACAGCUGUUGAUUGUCAUUAAAAGCUGUUGAAAGAGUCCAGUUGUCCUGUUGCUGUGAUGAGCUGCAGGGCGGUGCUGCUGUCAUUCCUCCUGCUGUCUCUGAGCUGCUCCAGAGGAGCUGUCAUCACAGGGGCCUGUGACAGAGACCUGCAGUGUGGCUUUGGUCUUUGCUGUGCUGUAAGUCUGUGGCUGAGGGGUCUGAGGAUGUGCGUCCCAAGAGGAGAGGAAGGAGAUGAAUGCCACCCUUUUAGUCACAAGGUGCCAUACCUAGGAAAGAGGCAACAUCACACCUGCCCGUGUCUACCCCACUUGGUAUGUACCAGGUAUGCUGAGAGCAGGUAUAGAUGUACUGACGACUUCAAAAACCUGGACUUUUAACGGACGCCAAACAUUCAGAUGAAGAGCAGCACAGCAGAAAAAAGCACAUAUGAUACCCUUGUUGACUGUAUUGUUUAUUUGUGUACUCUAUAUGCACUAUAAUCAAGAGUUUACAUUCUGUCUUCUCAUCAAGGACAGAAAAAGAAAAUGGCAACACUGUAAAAAAAAGAAAGAAAGAGCCACAAGACACUUUUCUGAAUAAAACAAUGACGCUCUCUGUGAUAUAAAUGCUGUUCUAGCUAUCCAUGUGCACUAAAUAGUUAAUUUAUAAAGAUACAUGUAUAUAUAUCCUUGUCAAUAAAAGUAUAGUAACAA